AUGGAUUCAAAUAUGAGUUAUAAUGGUAAUGGGGUAAGUUCUUCUUCAGAUUUACCAUCAAACAAUUUACAACAACACUCUAAUAAUCAACUGUAUCUACAUUCAACAAUUCCCGAAGAAUCAUCCAUUGAUAAUACUAUACCACAUUCAACGUCUCAUAACCAACAACAAUUAUCACAAGAUAAUACUUCCAUGUUAUUAGAACAAGAAUCUCAAUUACAUAGAAAAAAAAGACAAAGAAGAAGUUAUAGUUGUGGACCAUGUAAAUUAUUAAAAAUUAAAUGUGACUUAGAAAUACCAUGUGCAUCAUGUAAGAAAUUUAAAAGAGUUAGUAGAUGUUUAUUACAACCACCUCAACCACCAUCAGAAGAAGAAUUAAAUAAAAUAAAAGAGCGUAAAAAAAGAUCAUUAAAUAAGAAGUUAAAAGUUUCGAAUGAUAUUGUCCAUACUUUUAAUGAUAAUCAAAAUUCUUUAGCAAGUUUAGUCACUUCAUUACUGUCAACUUCGAAAAAUUUACAAUUAGCAAAUGGUCAAUCAAAUGAUAAUAAUGAUCAGUAUAUAUCAUCACAUGUUAGGCAAAAUCAUACUUUUAAUUUACAACCUGAAGCAAUAAGAGGUAUUUCAAAUCACCCAAUCAAUCAUAUUACCGGAAUGGAAGAACAAAGUUCAAGUAAUAACAAAAUUAGCAGUCCUGGUAAUGGUUUUAAGAGCACUACAAUGAAUGGAGUCAAUUUAAUAGAAAGGUUAUUGAAUCAAGACACAGAAAGACUUUUUGAAUUAAACAUGGUUGAUAUAAAGAGAAUUAAAAGAUUAUUGCCUAACAACUUUAAUGUAUUUGAGAAAUUUUUUAGCAGUUACUUAAACUCAUUGAAUCCCAUCUUAAUUGACUUACAGGAUCACGAUGAAAUGUUGAAGCAGGCAAGACUAAUUUAUUUUAAGUUGCUAAAUAUAAAUGAUGAAGAUAGUGUUAAAAAUUUAAGCCAAAUUUUCAGAUUCAGCAUCAUCGAAUUAAGACAUUUAUCAUUGAUGUUUUUGAUAAUGUCAAAUGGACUUUUGUUCGAUGAAAAUAAUACUUCGCAAUUUUUACUAGACUAUAAUAGAAUGAUUAUAAAAGAUGAAUUAAUUAACGACUGGAUUAAAAUAUCACGUUUUUUGAAAUUAAAAAUAUUAUUUUAUGAGAAUUUAACGGAUUUAAUUUAUUUGAUAGAUUUUUAUUUAAUUAUAAAAAAUCUUUUUCUAUACAAGAAUGACAUUAUAGAUAAUUAUUUGGAGUUCAACAAUUUAUUAAAUUAUAUUGUCUUGAAUAAUGAUUUUAUUUCAUUGAUUGAUGAUCCAAUUUUUGAGACUGUUGAUAGCGACUAUAAUGGUAAUGGUGCUGAUGGACAGCAAAUGGUAGAUCAGUACCCAGAUUCUGUUGAGUUCAAAAUAUUAGCUAAAUAUUGGAUACAAAUUAGAUUAGUUGAAUUGGAAUUCACUUUUUUUCAAUUUAAAGGUUCAUUAUUAGUAUCAAAUCAAUUGAAAAAUACAGUUGUACCUCAUAGACAGCUUUUAAAUGUAUUAUAUGGGCAAAAUGCAAAAUAUAUUGAUUGUCAAUUAAGUAAACAUUCAAUUGAAAUUUGGGGCUUGUAUUACAAAAAAUCAGCUCAUUCAACAUCAAUAAGAGGAAUAAUUAAAAAUUACCUAGAAUUAUACAGCAAUGUCUCAUUAUUAUUAUCCAAGGAGUUGAAACAAGUUGCCAUUAAUUAUAAAUCACCACCAUCAACAUCACCGACUAAACAAGAUAUUGAGUUAUUAAUAAAAAAUCAAAAUGUCUUAUUAUUAUCAAUCAGGUGGUUAACAUUUAUAAGAAUUGAAUCAAACUAUUUUCCAAGCUUAAGAUAUGCAUCAUAUUUCACAGCAAUGAUAAAUUUAUUCAAUCAUUUCAAUUUAAUUGAUCAAGACAAUAAUAAUUCUGAAUUCGGAGUUAUAGACAUCAUAAUUGAUCAGUUCCCAAUUCACUGUUUAAAAAGUUAUCAUCAAUGUCUAAUGUACCAAGCCUUGUUUUUGGUAUUGAUGAAAUAUUUUUUAAUCAAUUCAAAAUUGAAAAAUAAAGUUGUGGAAAAUAUCGAAAAUGAAAUUUAUAGAAUUAACCUUUACAAGAUUUAUCCAAUUAUUGUAAAAAAUUUUCAAUUAACAUUAAACAAAUUCAUGACUAAUAAAAAAUUUCAAAAUUUAUCAAUUGUUCCGUUGUUCAAGUUGACAGAGAGAAUCUUAUUGGAGUUUAAUCAAGUCUUGAAAAAUCAACCAACUUCAAUACAAAAAUCCUUAAACAAAGGAGCAACACCAGACGACGUACUUAACAACUUUGAAGACUUAACUGAUUUUUUAUAUAAGUUAAAAGAAAUUAUUCCUCAAGAAAACUGGGAGUUCCUAAUAAAUUUAUAUUUUGGUUCAAGAGAUAAUUUCUUUAGGUAUGUUGAAAAAGUAUGGGACUUAUUUCAAUAUUUAAACUAUCCUCUUGACUCUAAGUCAGUUGAUGGGGAAAUUUAUAUAACUGCAAAGAUUAAAUUUAAUGAUCAAUUUAUUAAGCAACAUAUAGAUAAAUUAAGUGGAUUUGAAUUUAAUAAUGAUGUUGUUACUGAUUAUAUUAAAUUAAAUGUUGAGCCAAACAUUGAUGAUUAA